CAGGUCAGCUCAAACAUGGAGAGGCAGGCAGAGAGACAAAGAAGGGAAGACAGGGAGGUGGUGGAGGAGAAAGGCUCGAUGGAGAGGCUGUGGGGGGAGGAAGAGGUGCUGGCUCUCGUGUCAGUGUGGAAUGAGGCUGGAGCCCAGCAUGGAGCAGAGAGCAGGGCCACGUUUGAGCUGAUUUCAGAGCGGCUGAGGCGGCUCAGCGUUGUGCGCAGUUGGAGGGAGUGUCAGGCUAAGAGCAGGAGUCUGGGACUACAGAGCAGCAGGGCUGAUGCAGCAGCAGGCACGUCUGCUAGCUAUGGCCUGGAACUGGAAGGAAAGCCAGUGGAGAACACCUUCCUUUCCUCAGUCUCAGUUCCCAUGAAUGAAGCAGGAACAAUAGCUCGAAUGCGUACCAGUCUUCCCCUCACACCGAACGUGAGUGAAGAAGGGGGGCGCCACUGGACGGACGAAGAGGUGAGGGCUCUGCUGUGCGUUUGGGCUGACCAGAGUGUGCGGGAGCGCCUGAGGAGCACACUGCGAAACAAGUGCAUCUUCCAGGAGAUGGCCCGCCAGAUGCAGAGAAAGUUUGGGGUGGUACGCAACUGGAAGCAGUGUCGGACCAAAUACAAGAAUCUGAAAUACGACUACAAGACAGCCAAAAAUGCUCACGCCGCUGCAGGCAGCAGUGCAGGAGGUCCUGGGAGGUACAUGAAGUUUUUUGAAGAAGUGGAAGCCAUCUUGCUCAACAAGGGACUGGAAAAUGGGACUGAGGAGAUGCAGAAGAGGCUUUAUAAUGGAGACACAAAGGCAGGACAGAUGCAGACACCACCGGGAAACACUAGAGUGAUGACCGCAUCAGACAACGAGAUCAUCAUUGAAAUCGAAGAUGAUGACAACAGUGAUGACUAUGAUAUUGAUGGAGACGUGGAAGGCCAAUGGAAAGGAACAGAGGCCCACUUGACGCAACCAGACUCACCCAGCUCGGACCAGUUCCAUGUGGUCACAGUGUCGGACACUGGCCGCAACUGGAGCGACCAAGAGGUGCAAGCUCUCAUUCAGGUGUGGUCCGACAAACGAAUAUGCAAACAGCUGGAAAGCUCGACCAGAAAGCGAGACAUCUUCGUCCAAAUCUCCAAGAGGCUCAUGCAGCAAGGCAUCGAGCGGGACUGGAAACAGUGCCACACAAAGUACAAAAACCUCAAGUACCUCUACCGGUCCCUUCAAAGGAGCAAGACGGAUGAAGCCGAGCGGAGGCGCCUCAUGCGGUUCUAUGAUGAAGUGGAUGCCAUCAUGACACACACCCCGUUGGUGGCCGCAGAGGCUGUAAAUUCGAGCCCGCUCGCUAUUUCACAGGCUCGUGAGGAAAACUGCUGGGCUGACGUACAUUUGGCCAAGACAAACAGAGGAGAAGCCAUGGAUGAGGAAACCUGUCAUUCUGAUUCAGUCCCAAUAGCAGUCAACGAGGAUCUGAGGCUGCAAGGAGUCCAGGAGCAUCAGUUGGACCAACAUCACACCCCAAACAGCCCCUCUGAAACUCCAGCCGGGGAGGACGGCAGCUUCUCAGUAAAAAGAGGGAAGAAGAGAAAAGCUGUGGAUCAAGACUGCAGCUACCAGAAAGCAGCUAAACAACUAAAUGCAGGCCGUGAGUCUGUCACUGUGGUGGAGGCUCAUUGCAAAGAGGAGCAGGAACAUGUCCCCAUAAUAAAGAUCAAAUCGGUGUGCUCCAUGGCCCAAUCUAAUUCAUCCCCAAAAACGAAGAAUAGUUUAGGAUCGACCGAAACGAUGGCUUCCAGCACAGAUUUGAACAUCGGUCAGAAGCUCAAUGAGGGAAAGACGAAGCAGAUUUUCGAGCUGCUGGACCAGCCCGGACUGGUUCUGGUGCAGUCCAAAGACCAGAUCACCGCUGGGAAUGCUGUGAGGAAGGAUCAGAUGGAGGGCAAGGCAGCCAUUGCCAACAAGACGACAUGCUGCGUGUUCAAACUGCUCCAGGAAUCCGGCAUUAAGACUGCUUUUGUAAAGCAACAUUCGGAGACUGCGUUCAUUGCUGCCCACUGUGAGAUGAUACCCAUUGAGUGGGUGUGUCGCAGGGUGGCUACUGGAUCCUUCCUGAAGAGAAACCCAGGAGUCAAAGAGGGAUACCGUUUCAGCCCUCUGAAGAUGGAGAUGUUCUUCAAAGAUGAUGCCAACAAUGAUCCUCAGUGGUCCGAGGAACAGCUGCUGGCUGCUAAGUUCACCCUGGCAGGGCUCACCAUUGGUCAGUGUGAGGUGGACAUAAUGAGCCGCAGCACUGUGGCCAUCUUUGAAAUCCUGGAGAAGGCUUGGGCCACUCAGAACUGCACGCUGGUGGACAUGAAGAUAGAGUUUGGUGUGAACGUUAAGACGGGGGAGAUUGUUCUCGCUGAUGUCAUCGACAAUGACUCCUGGAGGCUUUGGCCAGCUGGAGAUCGGAGUCAGCAAAAAGAUAAGCAGGUGUACCGUGACCUGAAAGAAGUUACCCCAGAAGCGAUGCAGAUGGUGAAGAGGAACUUUGAGUGGGUUUCUGAAAGGGUCCAGCUCCUUCUGGAGCCCCAAUCCAGCGGCAGGGUGGUGGUCCUGAUGGGCUCCACCUCUGACAUUGCUCACUGUGAAAAAAUCAAGAAGGCUUGUACCUCCUAUGGGCUCCCCUGCAUCCUGCGGGUCACUUCUGCUCACAAAGGUCCAGAUGAGACGCUCCGCAUUAAAGCAGAAUAUGAAGGUGAUGGGGUCCCCACAAUAUUUGUGGCUGUAGCUGGUAGAAGUAAUGGUCUGGGGCCUGUGAUGUCUGGAAACACUGCUUAUCCUGUCAUCAACUGUCCUCCUCUCACCCCAGACUGGGGAGCACAAGAUGUCUGGUCAUCCCUCCGUUUGCCAAGUGGUCUGGGCUGCUCCACAAUCCUCUCCCCUGAUGCUGCGGCUCAGUUUGCGGCACAGAUCAUCGGCUUGAGCAACCACCUAGUCUGGUGCAAGCUGAGGGCCUCUAUGCUCAACACUUGGGUGUCUCUUAAGCUUGCUGACCAAAAACUACAGGCCUGUAGCCUCUAAGUAGCUUAGACCAAUCCAGAUCCUGCCUUUGUUUGCCCUUUAACUGUAGAUGUUCCUUGAUCAUUCCAUUAAAGCAAGAAUGAAUAAAAA